UAGUCGAUUUGGCUGGCGAUCCCCUUCUCGUCUCGUCUCGUCUCGUCUCUGCAGCAGCGACCACCACCAGCGCCGGCGCUCGGCUCCGCUCCACCGCACGUAUACCCCCCCUCGUCUCCUUUCCGCAGCGGCAGCCGGCGUCGGCGACGCGCCCGUCUGUCCUCUCCCGCGCGCCUGCCCCCACGUCGCGAGCGGCAGCGUCCUCCGUGUGAGCGCAACCGCCAGCGGCAGAUCCCUCGCGGGGUCUCCUCCUCCUGCUGCCGCCACCCCCCGCCGUCGCCGUCCCCCUCCGUCCGCCCUUCCGCCGCCGCGUCAUCCGGCAACUGCAAGAUGGAUUCACUUGAACUCGAAGACAGUGGUGAACACCAACCGUCUCUGGAAGUUUCCCUUGCUUCAGAUGUUAUAUAUGACGACACACCUGUAUGUCCAUGCAUUGGAAGUGAGCACCAGGCAGAAAUCCCGAAUCUGUGCACAGAGGAUGAGCGUCAGCAGCUCAUGACCAGCUCGCUUGGAAGCGUGCUACCUGGUUUUGAUUACCCUGUUACGGUUGGGUUAGCUAUACCAGUUACAUGGAAACCAAGUAAAGUCCGUAAGGAGGAAGAAUUUGAAAGGCAUCAUUCUUCAGAAAUCGAAGCAAGAUCCAUCAGCCAAGAUGAGGAUAGUCCUGUAACCUCAGUUUGUCCAACCAGCAAUGAUACGAGUGACCGUGGUUCAACAUAUCAGGAUCCACAUCCCAUGGUGCCCGUAGAUCAUUUAGAAUCUGGCAGUGAACGAGCAGAUGACGGAAACUUGAACCCAUGUUCUACUCAAGAAGGCCUCAAUUUUACUAGUAAUCCAAUGAUGCAGCAAGGGGAAAUUGAUCAAUUUACUCCGCUGCCGUGUGCAUCCACUUCCCUUUGGAGUGGUAUUGAGGCAGAAUGUUUUCUGCUCGGGCUCUACAUUUUCGGCAAAAAUCUAAGUCUGUUGAGCAGGUUCGUUGGUAACAAGACUAUUGGGGAUGUGCUUUCCUACUACUAUGGAAAGUUCUACAAAAGAGAUGCGUAUAGAAGAUGGUCGGAUUGCAGAAAAGCACGAACUAGGAGAUGCAUUCUCGGGGAACGCAUUUUUACAAGUUGGCGGCAGCAGGAGAUUAUUUCUCGACUUAAAUCUGUAAUACUCAACGAAGCUCAUGAUUCGUUGGUGGAGAUUUUCAAAUCUUUCAAUGAUGGACACACUUCUUUAGAAGAUUUUGUCUUUGCUCUGAAAUCCACUGUUGGAACAGAAGCACUUGUGGAGGCUGUUGGAAUUGGUAAAAAGAAACGUGAUUUGACUGGAUUUAUUCUGGACCCAUCUAAACCAAACCAAGUUCUUUCAAUUCAUCCUGACAUGCCUACAGGCAAAGACUGUUCAUUGCUUGCUUCAGAAGAUAUAAUUAAGUUCUUAACAGGCGAUUUCAGAAGAAGCAAGACAAGAUCAAAUGAUCUUUUCUGGGAAGCUGUCUGGCCGCGAUUGCUUGCAAGAGGUUGGCAUUCAGAACAGCCAAAAGAUGUCAGCACAACUAAGAAUUCCCUUGUGUUUCUUGUACCAGGUAUAAAGAAAUUCUCAAGAAGUAAACUCACUAAAGGUACUCAUUAUUUUGAUUCUGUCAGCGAUGUCCUUAAACGAGUGGCAGCGGAUCCCAUCCUUCUUGACCUAGAAGUUGGUGGAUUAGACAAUAAUGUCACUGCUGAGCAAAAUGGCUAUGACACAGACAUGCAACUUAACCAAGAUGACCCUUUGGAUGGUAAUCAGGAGCUUCCAAGGUUCACAAUUAUUGAUACUACCUUGGUACAAGGACAAGAGCCCUUCAGAGUCAGGGAGCUGAGGAGACUACCUGCUGAUGCGAAAGUUCGUCCUGUCCCUUCACGUCAAUCGCGCAAGGUUGUGACUGUCAGUUCAUCGGAGGAGUCAGAUGCAGAUGGUCAAUUUUCAGAUGACCAGGAAUAUCGUGGACAAGACACAGCUGAUGUUAACGACACUGAAAUCUUUUCAGUGCGCAAUGUAAACAAAGAAACCCAAGUUGAUUCAUUGCAAAACAUGGUGACUGCAUCAUGCUCAGAUUUUCCGGUCAAUGGCCACUCUUCUAAUGGCAGUGGUAACAAAAUUGAUUUGACAUGCUUAUUUGAGCCCAAAACGAAAACUGAAAGGCGCAAGUAUUUAUCCCCAGUGUCAAAGCGCAGAAAAUUAUCUAGCUGUAACAAUGACCAGACCAGUCGGCGCAGCUUUCCUUUCUCCAAAGGAGUUGGUUCAGCGAAAGAGAAAAUCAAGCCACUGUCAACCUCAUCAAAACCAAAUAUCGGUGAUGUUUCUGGUAAUCCUCAGAUCAAAGAGAAAAUCAAGCCACUGUCAACCUCAUCAAAACCAACUGUCGGUGAUGUUUCUGGUAAUUCUCAGAUCAAAGAGAAAAUGAAGCCACUGUCAACCUCAUCAAAACCAACUGUCGGUGAUGUUUCUGGUAAUUCUCAGAUCAAAGAGAAAAUCAAGCCACUGUCAACCUCAUCAAAACCAACUGUCGGUGAUGUUUCUGGUAAUUCUCACAUCAAAGAGAAAAUCAAGCCACUGUCAACCUCAUCAAAACCAACCGUCGGUGAUGUUUCUGGUAAUUCUGAGGUCAAAACGGUUGCAAGAUGUUCCACAGAGAAGCCACGUGAGCAGAUAAGAGGUGCAUCAAACACUCUUGCCAAUUACAGGUUGAGUGAGAAGAUGAAAGUGAAGAAGUUAUAUGAGGACAAGUCAUUUGAGCGCAAGGUCGAUGCUCUGACUGAAGUUCAUUCAAAGAUCACCAUGGGUGAGACAAAAUUUGCGAAAGGGGCUCGAGCUAGUAGUUCGGUUGGUCAGGUUAAACAGGAGACACCACUUGAUAGCAUGACAGGUGCAAUUGUGUGUGUCACUUUAUCAGACGACGAUGAUUGCAUGAUGGCUGAGGAAGCUCCCUCCAUUUCCAGCAGCGAUCAGGUCCGUGAUCCAGAGGUAGCAGAACGGCCCAUAGCUAUGAUACAACCUGCUAGUUCACAACCUGAUGUGGCUCCGCAGGCGGAUUCUCGGAGGCACGGAACGAGAAACAGGCCUCCCACAGCAAAAGCUCUGGAAGCACUUGCCUUGGGGCUCCUUGGAGGGAAGCGCAAGGGCGAACCCAAAAGCCCUGGAACCAGCAGGCCUCCCCGGCGAGCUCGCAAAUCCAGUAAAAAAUCGGUUCAUACACCUACAGGUAGCGACACCGACAAGUCCAGCAUGGAUGCUGAUGCGCAAGGGUGAGUGGAUCAGUAUGCAUUUUGUUGGUGUAAGUAAUGACACCAUAUCAGCAUUUUAGACCAUCGGUAUCCAGCGAGAACAUUUGAGGGCUUCUGACUUCAAAUAGAGUUGCCUGCGUCGAUUGAUCGACAUCCCCUUCGGAGGCACCUUCCAUCUUGGUGAUACGUAUAUAACAAUGUAUGUCGAGGAGGGGAGAUGAUUGGCCGAUCGACUAUCUUGCAAUGAGCUCCCUCGUUUUCUAUUUUUCUUGCAGACUUGUAUGCCAAUCAAGGAUUGGGAAAUGCAACUUGUACUGGAGUAGAAAGAGUUGAUACCAUAUUGGGCUAUUGGCCAGUUCGUUUUUCUUAUAUCCGAGGGAUCAAUACUCUUUAUGUAA